UAUGUGUGUGUAUGGAGAGCUGUCAUUGAAAUAUACGAGCUAGAAGACUUAACAUUACAUGGUGUCAGAGCGGGUCUAAAUUUCCCAAAUUUAUUGAUAUUUUGAGUGAUAAAAGGAUGGCUGAGGAGGAAGAUCAACGCGGUGCCGUUGGAGGUGUUAGAGAGCGUGUGGAUAGAAGACCAGAUGUGCCAGCACGGGGAGAAAAUCCAAAGAAAAUUUUGGUGAAGCCUCCGCCGCCAUUGGAAUUGGGCGCGAACAAUAAAGUUGCGUGGGAGUCUUUUAUCAAUGGAUUUGAGUGGUAUGCCAUGGCAAUAGAGCUGGAGGAUCAGCCACCAAAGGUCCAGGUAGCUGUCUUUAUGAGUACAAUUGGCAGUGGAGUGAGGGAGAUCUUCAACGGAUUUGAGCUUUCCCAGGCACAGCAAUCUAACCUCAAACUUAUUCAGGAACGAUUUGCUGCGUAUUUUGCACCAAGUGGAAACGAGAUUUAUGAAUCGUUUAAAUUCAAUAAUUUGGUGCAAGAUGAGGAGGAGUGCAUUGAUGAUUUUGUAACCAGAGUGAGAACACAAGCUUCAAAGUGCAAUUUCCCAGCCGGAAGCAAGUCUCGAUUGAUCCGUGACAGGGUGAUUCACGGAAUACGCUCGACGCAAAUGAGGGAAGAAAUACUGAAGAGGACGAGGCUAUCAUUGGAUGAGACAAUAGCCAUUUGCAAAGCAUGUGAGAAGGCAGCUGAGCAUUCGAAGGAAAUGGCUGGUACUGCAGGAAAAGUGGAAGUCAAUGCAAUCACGAAGCAGAAGGAUGUGAAGAAAAAGCACGCUUCUGAAUCUCCCUGUGACAAGUGUGGUUUGAAACACGCGUACAGAAAUUGCCCAGCGUAUAGAAAGAAGUGCAAUAAAUGUGAUCGCAUUGGACAUUUCGCGGCUAUGUGCAAGAAGUCAGCUGAUUCAUCCGGAAAGCAAAAGUCUCGAGGGAAAAUUAAGCAAAUUGAGAAGGAGUUGGACAGUGACAGUGAUUCCGAAGGUGAAAAGAAUGUGGAUGCGCUGCGCAUUUAUGCCAUCAAGAAAGGAAGUAAGGAUCAGGAUGAUCUGUGGAAAUGUACUAUGCGGGUGGAUCACACAUCGAUAGUGGUCAAUAUUGAUACAGGGGCUCAGUGUAAUGUGAUUACGAAGAAAAUUUUGUCAAAGCUCCCAAAGAAAGACAUUGAAGAUUCGCGAGUGAAACGAUUGAUUACGUACGAUGGUGGAAAAAUCAAUGUGAUUGGGCGAGUGAAGCUUGACUGUGUUAUUCGCAAGAAAACAGUGCCACUGUGGUUUCAAGUCAUACAGGGUGAUCAUGGUUGUGUGUUGGAUGGGAAGUCCGCAAUCAAGGCAGGAUUGAUUAAGAGGGUGAACAAGAUCAAUGAAGACAUUUUCAAUGGAUUGGGCUGCCUAAAAGAUUUUGUUUACGACGCGAAAAUUGUGGAGAAUCCCGAAUUUGUGAUUCAUCCGGCGCGCGUAGUUCCGUAUAAGAUUGCCAAAGAAGUCAAAGCCGAGAUUAAGGAAAUGGUUAAGUUGGGGGUAAUUGAGCCAUGCCAUGACGCAACGGAUGCAGUUUCACCAAUGGUAGUGGUGAAGAGAAAUGGCAAACUGCGAAUUUGUGCCGAUCUUACGGAUGUCAACAAGAAUGUUAAGCGUCACCAUUUUCCGCUUACGGGCAUUGACGAUGUAGCAGCAAGGAUCUCUGGCAAUGAACUGGACUUUACUGAUGGGCUGCUAUUCAAAGGAGACAGGAUCGUUGUGCCAAGCGAGGAGCGGUCUAAUGCGCUGAAGAACAUUCACGCCGGACAUUCAGGAGUUCAGGCAUCUUUGAGACGCGCAAGAGAAAGUGUAUACUGGCCUGGUAUGUCUUCUGAGGUGAUCAACAUGAUUGAAAAGUGCAAAGUCUGUGAAAAGAAUCAAAAAUCAAACGACAAGGAAACAGUCUUUAUGAAGAGGAUCCCAGAAGUUCCAUUUGAAAUUGUCGCCUCCGAUCUAUUUGAGUUCAAAGGAAAGCAGUAUGUGCUGAUUGUAGACUCUUACAGCGGUUAUUACGAUUUUAAACUCCUGAAAUCUACCACAAGUGCAGCCGUUAUCAAGUUCAUGAAGGAAAAAUUUUCAGACUUCGGCAUUCCCAUGGAGGUACACAGUGACGGUGGGCCUCAGUACAGCUCUCGGGAGUUCAAAGUAUUUGCAAAAGAGUGGGGCUUCAAGCACAUCAUUUCCAGCCCAUACUUUGCAAGGUCCAAUGGCUUAGCAGAGAGAUAUGUCCAGACUGCGAAAAAUCUGCUUAAGAGGUGUUCUCAGGAUCAGCAAGACGUGAGAAUGGCGCUUCUAAUGCAACGAAAUACCCCAGGAGCAGAGCUAAGGGCUCCAGUAGAAAGGUUGAUGAGCAGGAAGACAAGAAAUCCGCUGUCAACGACAAUGAAUUCUCUGGCUCCUAAGACGGUGAAGAAAAAUACACAAAACUUGAAGGAAGUUCGUGAGAAGCAGAAGAUGUACGCCGACAGAAAUGCCAAGGAGUUAGAUCAACUGCCAGUUGGAUCAAAAGUGCGCGUUCAGGAAAGAGACAAGUCUUGGACUUCAGGAAAGGUCGUUGAUCGGGUCUCCGACAGAUCAUACAAUGUGGAGUUAGAUGAUGGUCGAACAGUCCGAAGGAAUAGGCAUUUCCUUCAUAAGACCAAAGCGGAGAACCUUUCAUCACCGAUUGCCAACUCACCAGGCGACAUUCAGCUUCCCCCGGAUGCAACAAGCAGCUCAGAGGAUGUGGUUGACUCGAACUCAAAUAUAGAUCAACAACCACCUACUCCACAACAUCCAACAGAACAAUCUACAUCUGCUGCUACCAGUCAUACACAGGUGAAUCCAGUGUCAGAAUCAACAAGGCCUGUAGUAAUCACCCGAUCCGGAAGAAUCUCAAGGCCACCAGAGCGUCUCGGCUACUAAAAAUUUGAAUUUGAAUUACCACCUCUCCCUUUUAUUUUCUCUUACUCUUUGUUUUGUAUUAAUUUUUUUUUCUUAGAAAAAGGGAGGUGUAGCAUGUAUGUGUGUGUAUGGAGAGCUGUCAUUGAAAUAUACGAGCUAGAAGACUUAA